AUGUUUCCUGAGCAAUCAACUCAUCGAAGCUCUAGUGAAAGUUCAGCUAGGAGGUCAAGCGAAUAUUCUAAUAGUGAACAGAUCAAAGUUCAAAAUGAUGACAAAAAAUUCGCAAAAGGUGCAUUAUAUAAAAUGGUAUUUGGAAGCUGCAAGAACAUACUUGCUAUCAUCCCAUCAUUUAUCAGUGGUGGAGGUCCCAUUUUAGUUUUCUUCUUAUUCGGCAAGAUACUCAACAAAUUAACAUUUUAUACCUUGGAUCCAAAUCCAAGUGUGUUUGAUGAUUGCCUUAAGUAUAUAUAUGGAAUGAUUGGCACAUCUUGUGGCUUAGCAAUUUGCAAAUUCUUUGAUAAAUAUGCCUGGAUCAGAAUUGGUGCCGAAAUUUCAUGCAAAAUGAAAAAGGAGCUUUUCCGAAGUAUGAUGCAAAAUGAUGUUACAUUCUUUGAUACAAAUCCAAUCGGAGGUAUUUUAACACUACUUGCCGAAGAUUCUCAACAAGUUCAACAAGCAUUCGGUACAGACAAGGGCACACAAAUCUCAAAUCUUGCACAGUUUAUCACUGGCAUUAUAUUUGCCUAUGUUUAUUCAUGGAAGCUCGCUUUGAUUGCUACAGCAAUUAUUCCAAUUGCAGGAAUUUUUAUGAGCUUUUUCAUGCCAACUGUUGUUAAGCUGGCUGCAAAGAGAUUUGUUUUCCUUUCCAGAUCCAUGACAAUUGCUGAAGAAACACUUUCGAAUGUCAGAGCAGUUAGAGGAUUCAAUAGAGAGGAGGAUGAAAUCAAAAGAUUCGAGCAAUCACAGAAUGAAACAAUCAAGUGCGAGAGAAAAAUAGGUUUAUUAGUAUCAGGAAUGAGUGCAAUUAUUUUAACACUGCUUUGGGCUAUGGUUCUUGGUAAUCUUUAUUACGGAACACACUUAGUACAGGACUCCCUUAAGUCAGAUGGUACCUAUGGUUUCGGCCUUGGUGAUUUAAUGUCAUGCUGGGGUUAUUGCAUGUUCGGAUGCAUGGGUAUCAUUAUGCUCCAGAGUUCACUUCAAGGUGAGCAAAGAGCUGUUGAUUCAGGUGCAAGAAUUUUCAAAUUAACUAAUACUCAACCAUCUGUUCCAUUCGAUGGAGGAAUAGAGCCAGACAACUUUGUUGGAGAAAUCGAAUUUAAGAAUGUUACAUUUAGAUAUCCAACUCGUCCAGUCAACGUUUUGAACAAUGUUUCGUUUAAGAUCCGAAGUGGUGAAAUUGCAGCUUUGGUUGGUCACUCUGGUUCAGGCAAAUCAACCUGUGUUCAAUUGCUUGAGAGAUAUUAUGAUGUCACCGAAGGCCUUAUUCUAUGGCAGUCCCAACGGGAACUGCGGUAA